AUGAACUCAUUCGAAUACAACAUCAACCCUAGCCGAGUCGUGUUUGGCUCAAAAAGCAUCAACAAACUACCCGAUGAGAUCAAGAGGCUUGAGAGCUCAUCACCAAUCAUCCUCACCUCAAAAGGAAACUCUGGAGAAUCACACGGAGAGUUGUUGGCCAAAGUUCUGGAAGAUGCCUCAAUCACUCCUGCCGGUAUUCUGAACAUGGCAGUGAUGCACACGCCCACAUCAGUCACCGAACAAGCCCUCCACUCGCUGAAAUCGCAAGAUGCCGAUUGUAUCAUUUCCAUCGGUGGUGGUUCCGUUGUUGGAUUGGGCAAAGCACUUUCAAUACGUACUGGACUGAAACAUAUCUGUCUACCCACAACAUACUCCGGCAGCGAGAUGACGCCCAUCCUGGGCGAAACCGACAAUGGCAAAAAGGUCACCCGCUCGGAUCCAAAUAUCCUUCCUGAUACUGUGAUUUAUGAUGUCGAUCUCACCCUCUCAUUACCGGUAACUAUCUGCUCGACCUCGGGCGUCAAUGCAAUUGCCCACGCAGUGGAAUCACUAUACGCCAAGAACGCCAAUCCGAUCACAAACAUGCUCGCCCUGGAAGGAGUCAAGACAUUAGCAGAAGCACUUCCUGCAAUCGUCCAAGACCCAACAGACAGAUCCGCUCGCGAGAAAGCUCAAUAUGGCGCAUGGCUAUGCGGCGUAUGUCUGGGUUCAUCGGCCAUGGCUCUCCACCACAAACUCUGCCACACCCUUGGCGGUUCCUUCGGUCUUCCUCACGCCGAGACACAUACUAUCGUGCUACCUCAUGCACUUUCGUACAAUGCUCCUGCUAUUCCUGAGCAGAUGGAGAAACUGGCGUCGGUGUUGCCUGGUAGUGAAGGCGAUGCGAUUGAGGGCUUGAAUGUUCUAUUGGAGAAAUUGGGGGUGUCUCGGGCAUUGAAGGAUUAUGGUAUGGAGGAGGAAGAUGUGGAUAAGGCUACGGAGAUUGCGAUGGGUGUGCAGUAUGCUAAUCCAAGAGCGAUGGAGAAAGAUGGUAUUAGGGAGCUAAUUCGUCGAGCGUGGGCUGGUGAGGCUGCAAGGGCUGAUCUAUGA